GUUCCACUUCAUCUCUUACAACAACGGCAAUAUCACUUUACUCCAGGACAUAGAUUACUGGAGAAGCUCGUUUCACAUGUUACCUCAUUCAUUCAUCCAAUCGAUCAAUAACAACUACAGCAAUCCCUGAGGCUGCUACAACCUCAAACAACACUCCUCAUCGUACAAGCACUGCAAAUACACCCUCUCCAUCGGUUGGACACACUCCCGUCGAUGCAGAUAGCAAAUACGUGCCACUCCCUGAAAGGCCAUACGACCCUCAAUUUGAAAACGAACUCGCAGCGCUCGUACUCCAUGGCAAAAUGCCAUCCCCCAGCCUGGACCAAAGUACACCAGUUGCAGGUGCUCCCCUCCCGCUUAGCUCAACAUCCCGGAACCCCGAGAACGUCUUGCAUCCCACCAUUCCCAUACCAUUAACACAUGAACAUGGCUCGCCCUAUGGAGGUCCUGGUCCCAAGUCAGCAGCUGAAGACAAGGAACAGCUCGCGUUCACCGCCAAUUUCCUGAAGGCGCAUCCCAAUAUCAGGACCAAGGCCGGACUGAAGAAAGCACAGGAAAAAGAAAUCGAAAAGAGAAUAAAGAGCUUGAUAGCUAUAGCGGAAACCCGAGAAGCCAUGAGGCUGAAGAAUGAACAGAUCGAUAAAGACAUUACGCAGAAAACUGCGGAGCAUGCCAUGGAGACGAACAUAAGACUGGCCGAAAUGAAGAAGAAGGCUAAGUGAGAGAUCGAAAAUAACCACAAGUAUCCGACAUUUUGCUCAACUCAAUUCUAACAUAGCCAAGAGAGCAUAUAGUACUGCGUCGAAACCCUCCUCGCCGUAGCGGUGCUUCUAUGGCAGAUCAAUAUAACCUUACAAGGAUGUCUGGAAUUGACGCGGAUAAACAGACGAAUCUACCUUAUCAUCUAGAAUAAAAAUGAAAGUAUCGUCAUCACCAUCAUCAAGUGUAACUGGCAUUUCAAGUGUUUCAAAUCUGAUAUGGCAAACAGAAGAUUUUCCACCUGACUCAAGGCCACCUAGACUUGGGCGUUCUGACGGGUAUCACGAAC